GUGGGGUCAGGUGCCGUUUCUGGUUGUGUUUCCGGCUCCGGUUCAGGUUGGCGGCUGAGGCGAGCGAGAGCAGCAGGAGUUUCCACUGUUAAAGCUUGAAGGUUCAACAGUAAAUUGAGAAGUCUCCUUAUUUAUAAUUAUAAUUCAGAAGGUUAAGAUGUCUGCUUGGAUAAAGCCUAGGGGAGGUCCAUCACACAGACCCAGCCCAGAUGGAAGUUCAUUUGCAACAGCAGAAUACAAUGUUCCAAGGGAAUCCUUACCAAGCAUCCUCUCAACUCGGCAAGAUCUAGAGCGAGACCGAUCACCUUUGGGAGCUGAAAGAGCUGAUCCUUACAGGGCUCAGGAAGUGUUGGAAUAUUAUGGUGGUUAUACUGAGCCUUACAGUACAGAGGAUUACAACUACACCUGGAGCGAAGACAGCUGCAGACCAGAAGAUAGUCGCCGAGAUGAGCUUUAUCAGCAGUUCUAUAGAGAGAUAGAGGAUGACUACAAUAAAGAGAAACAUGCUGACUGUGUAGUUAUAGCCCUAAGCAAACAACAGGGGGAUUAUGCCAAACUGGUAGGGCGACGAGUGCAAGAACUGGGACUUCUCGUGGAUCUUGUGUACCUUAAAUUAGAGUUGGCUCUUGAUACUGCUUUGAAAGAUGUUCGAGAAGAAGGUUCCCCAUUUUGUGUCGUUGUUGGUGGAGAACAUCAGUCUCUUUCAUCUUGCACGGUGAUUAUUUUGUAUGCAGGCCACAAAGAACAUCGUAAUAUGCCUUUGGAAGAUGCUUUGGACCUGAUUUCUCGUGAGCACCAACGCAUAUUUGGUGAAAAUCUGGAAAAAGAACGACUUGAGAUUGCGCACAAAGCAGCUAAUUUGGCAGAUGACUACCUUCAUCGUGAAUCUUAUGAUGAAAGUCAUGUUGUGCCAAGCAGCGUUCGGCAUCUCCUCUUUCUGCUAGGUGAUGGCAAGCACCUUUAUGCUGAGGAGCUUCAAAAAGUGGUUGACUACUUGAACAAAAGAAAAGAGGACCUUGAAGGAGAGGCAAACAGUAAUUGGCAAAGCUUCCAAGAAGGGGGAACUGAACUUUAUCAAUGGCCACACGAAGCUUCUCUUGUUCAACAACCCACUGGAACUGAAGGUUACUACGAUGUAGGCAGUGUUUCACAACCCUCCAACAAGCCUAAACCUCUUCUUCCAACACCAGGCAGGCCACCUCUUUUGGGUCAUGCUCCCCUUUCUCAGAAGAAACCUCCGCUUUUGGGUGAUCGGCCAAUCAGGGCUCUUCUUCCUGCUCCGGGUCAUCCAUUAAAACUAGGUGCUCGGCUCCAGCUGCAGUAAGGAGUGGCCACUCGAAGCAUCAGAAUGCACAUUGCUUUGAAGAGGAGUUUGUAUAUCCAACACAACAUUGUUUGAAGAGCACCAGAAGUAUAAGACACCACACCGAACGAAUACCAUGAACACCUUGAUGAAUAGUCUCAGACUGAAUUGUAAACUGUAGUAUUUUAGCGUUUUAGAAAGAUCCCAUUGUAAGUUCAAGUUCCUUUCGAAAGGUGUAUGCCCAAUGUCAUGUAUAAGGACCAUUUUUUUGUAACUUUUAAAUGUCGCCAUGAAUGGUUUUGAAAGGGUUAGGAAAACCUUUUAAUAAAUGUAUCUUUCGCAGUGGUUGUUUUAUUUGUUAGAUGCUUGUUAAAAUUUUCUCCAUUCUGUUUUAUGACAACUUUUUUUAAAAGAUUCUAUUGUAUGGUGAUACUAUUUUAUGGAGACUUAAAGUACUCUGACAUGCGGUUCUUUAUGUUGCUAAAAGCAAUUAUAUCAACAGGAACAAGUUGAGUAAAUAUCACCGUACAGUAUUAUCUUGGCCAGAUUUGUACAACAGUUCACUUGACUGCUUUUUUUUACUGAGCAUUGUAACAGUGCUGCGUUGAUUUGCUGAGAAACAAUAUGUUCAGUAUAUCCCAAUUAAAGUAAUUAAAUUUCUUUAAUGUAUUGAUAUACACCUGUUAAAUGAAGUUUCUAAUUAUUUUGCAGGAGGAGGGAGAAAAACCCACAAUCACUUCAGAAACCUUAGUUCUCAGUGUGUUACAAUGUGAUAGUAUUUUAAAGUAAAGAGAUGUCUUCUGUAACAACUGAAGAAUAAGUAGGUGUUUGAACUUAAUAAAGGUUUCCCUUUUUCUUUGUAA